AUGGAUCACAUCCUAUCAAGAGUGGUUUUAUUCGCCUUCGAUAGACACCACUACGAAGAUCAAGACUAUCACGGACACAAGGACAAAUUCAUGGAACUCAGGUCCCAACUUGAAUCCAAAGCGCUCGUCGUUCAAGUACUGUGCAACGCGGACGCCGCCGAUUUCAUGUCUUCGGAAUUUCAGCUCGAGGGCGUCAAAGCAAUCAUCCUCACUGAUCCCAGAAUGACGAAGUAUCCCGCUAUCGCUCCUAUCAUCGUCAAACUAGUGGCUUGGGUACGCGCUGGCGGCACGCUCAUCAUGAGCUCUCUCUUCAGCACCAUGGUCGAGCCUAUCAAUUUCGAAAAGUUCAUCAGAAACGCGUGGGGUUUACCGUGGAAAUAUGUGGAUUAUAGCGAGCACCUUUGCAUUCCUAAUCUAGGCCAUCCGGAGAGAUAUUGGGAGGGUCCGUAUGCCAUUAAGCCUUACAAAAUGAUGGCUGCUUUCCUCGAGGAUGUUGAUAUGGAGGAUCGUGUGUUUGUGAGGGAGGAUGAUGAGACUGAUGAUAAGGCUGCGGCGGUCAUCCUUAAGCCGUUUGGAGAGGGUCGCUUGGGAUGGAUCGGUGAUGUUAAUAACGAAGUGGGCUCAAUGCAGGUCCUGCUUGCAAUGUGCAGGCUGUGA